AUGAGUACGAAUCCAUACCUUCUGCCCACUUCUUCUACAAGUAUGUUUUCAUUAGGAGAGGUAGCAUCAAGUAGUCAGAAUGUACUUGCAGAACAAUCAUCAUCACACUAUUCGAUGGGAGCAACUGGGAAUGAGUAUAAUCCCUCAAAAGCUGGUACCAUGUCUCAUACUGGCUCUGAAAGUAUUAAAAGUGCUGAUACACUAUCAACAACAAGUGAGGGAGGAAUUAGAGGUCAAACCAAAUUGCUAAUUACCACAACUUUGGUCAGUUUGCAAGAUAGCUCACCAAAGAAAGGAUGGCGAUGCUAUGUUUCCUAUCUAUUGGUUUUUAUAUACAUGUUUUGGUGUCAGGUGUUUGUACCUACGUUGGGAAAUUAUGGUUGGGGAGAGUAUGGAACCUAUGUAUUGAUUCAUGUUCUCAAUUUUCCAAAUACCUUUCUGGUUCAUCUCAUUCCAUUCUAUGGAUAUUUGGCCAUCACUAUUGCAACUAUAUUAUUUGUAUUAACCAUGGCAGUUUUGUAUAUUGUGGGAGUAAGGUUGGCAACGAAACCAAACAAGCAUUUUAACAAGUUCAAGGUUUUGGUUUACUAUCUCAGUUUCUUUGUCAAGACUUUCUCUCUCCCUAUUGUAUAUAUUUUGGUUGGUUUAUUGGAUUGUAAUUCUAUUGCCUAUGAUGUAGAUGGUGAUCCAAUCCCUUCUUUGAGAAGAUAUAGCUCACAAUCUUGUACAGACGAUUUGAAUAUUAUCAUGAUGAUUAUAUCAGUAAUUUCCCUUUUGAUACUGUUACCUGUUUAUUUCUUUUCAGAAUCUAUAACGGCAAAUUCCAAUCCACACAAUAGAACUCCACUGAUGGUUGAAAGUUCUUUUCCAACUUCAAUUAUUGGAGUAAUUUCAUUGAUACAACUAAUUAUUGGCCAACUGAUACCAAGCAAUUACAUGUACAUAUCUGCUGCCUUACAAUUAUUACUCAGUGUGAUAGCAACCAUUAUUGCUGGUUAUUCACUUCCUUGUUUCAGAAUAAUUGAUAAUUCUCUUUAUUUUGGUAUGAAUUUGGCUAAAGUAGGAGCAAGUAUUGGAUCCGUGGUGGCGUCCUCUCUUAAUACUGCAAAUAUAUUGAAUACAUCAGAUCCAACACUGGGCUGGUCUCUCAUGACCUUGGGAUUGAUGAUUCUAUUCUUUGUUAUUGGAGUGGCUAUUUUGGAAGUUUUCCAAAGAAUUCAACUGAAAAGAGCUAGAAGUUUUAUACUGAACUGGGUUCAACAAGAUGAAACAGCUAUUAACUCUGAUCCUAUUUCUCCACUCAUUCUCAUAGAAAAGAAUGCCAUGAAUAUAUAUGGCGAUGCAGAAGAUGCCAAGCUGUUGGGUCUAUUGAGACACAUGUUCAAGUGUUCCAUUCUAGAGGCAAGGGAUGCCAAAGGCACUUCAUACACUAAUAGUGACUUGUCUUCAGCAUUUGUGAAGGGAGCAGCUAGUCACAACUCAUUCAAUGACCUCAAGUUAUUGAUUUAUUCGUCAAUAUUAUUGGAGACUAAAUGGAAUGAAAGCAAUAAUACUGUCUUUUCUCUCAACCUACUCAAACGUGCAAUGAAACAACAUCCAAAUGGAUUAGAGCAAAUUACUAUACGGGAGAGAAUUAAGCAAGUUGAGAACUUUUCUCAAACCAACUUUAAGAAUUUAACCAAUUUUGAAUUGAGCUCUCAACUCGACUUGCUAGAAAAGAAUCAAAACAUUCUUCUAACUUUGCACAGAAACUUUUGGAAGGAGUUGGCAUCUGAAAAGAUCAAUUAUGAUUCUGUUGAAAAAAUCAAUCGUGCCAUUCAUUCUCUCACUAUUGAUUGUAGGACAACACUUCAAAAUUUAAUGUACAACCACAAAAAUAACAAGACAAUUUACAGAUUAUAUGCCAAUUUCAUUGAAAGUUUUGAGUUUGACAGCGACUUGGCCCAACAAUACUAUAACGAAGCCAAUUCUAUUGAAGAGGAGGAAAUGAAAAGAAAGAGAAGAAUGUCAACCUUUAGUAAUAAUGGAAAGAGAGGUGGUAAUCGUGUUGUUCCUGUCAUGAAUGAAUACAAAUUUGGAAAUGCAGAGGCAGUUGAAGAUCAAGAUUUAGAUGAGAUGGAAAGUGCCUUUGAUAAUCCAAAGGUAAAAAAGGAGCAAGUUUUCAAAACAGCCAUCUCAAAUCAAAGAUCCAAUAGAUUCGUAUUCACAUCAACUCUAUUAUAUGGCUUGCUAUGUUUCAGUUUUAUCACUGCAUCGUUAGUACUUAGUGUUUAUUACUCUAAAACUUCCAAGAACAAUAUUCCUUACUUGCAACAGGUUUGCGCAGUUAGUGUAGCUCCAUUCUCAGUAUUUAGAAAUGUCAGGGCUGGUCAGAACUGGAUGAACUUUUACAUGCUUUUUGAAAAUGUUUGGCCAGCUAUUAAUCCUGAAUCAAAUACCAAAACAAGAUCAAAAUCAAGCUAUGUCACAAGUCACAAACAAAGAAUGUUAGACGAUUUGGCUUAUUAUGAUACUCUCGUUUCUACAGCUCAAAGUAAGAUAUUCGAUAGUGACUCAUAUAUCGACUAUUCAGAAAAUGUUUAUCCAUUUGCAUACCCAAAUGAAGACAAACAGUUUAACUAUAAUGGAGCUUUAACUAUUAGAAAUAUUUCAGUUCAAGAAAUUACCAAUAAUAUGAUCAAGUACACUAAGAAAUUCUACGCAGACGUACCAGACACAUAUUUAUUGGCCUCUGAAGCUAUUAAUAUCACAUAUGCCAAGAAGAAACUCAAUCUUGACUUGGCAGCAAAUUCUACCUAUUUUAAUCCAUUGGCAAACUAUAAUUUUAUGGUUUUGUAUAGUAAUAUUGAGAGAGCUAGUAAUGCCUAUGAUGCAUUUUGUGGAAAAUAUCUCGAUAGAUCAACAAGUACAAUUAAUGAUACCAUCAAUCUUUUGAUCUAUUAUACUGUUACAUUGGUUGGUUUCUUCCUAUUGUCAAGCUUUGCCUAUCUGAUAUUUAUGCUUGUUGAAAUGACUUCAAUGAAGAGAAUAAUGAAACUCUAUGAGAAGCAAUUGAGCAAAGAUGUUAUUGGAAAGAUCUAUCAUACCUUAGAUAAGAAGACAACAGAAGUUGCUGAUUCUCAAUCUAAAGGUAUUUCUCUUAAUAGAAUCAAACCAAGUGUCAUACUUAUUGGCUUGAUUUUACUUAUCAUUCUAGUUACAGUAACCUGUUUGGUUUUAUUAUUUGUUGAAAGUUAUGAAAAUUCAAUUACAUCAUCACAGGUGAUGGCAAGUGUAAGAUUGACAGUUCAAGCAGCUGCUAUUUUGCAAAGAUUAUCGUUUGCAGUUGGAGAAGUAGCUACAUACUUUGUUGCUAGUGAGACUUCCAAUACCAAAUCACCUCUAGCCAGUUCUUUCCCUAGAAAGGUAACCUUUGGAGAUCCAAGUUUAUAUGGAAUAGAUAUUGCAAGUUUACAAGCAUUUUUAGUGGCACGUAUAAACACAAGACUUCCUCAAUUGAGUAGUAUGUGGUCAAAAUUAAUUUAUGGAGAUGCAGCAUCUGGAAGAGAAGCUAUUCUUGGUAAAUUUGAUGAUGUUGAUCAAGUAAUUGUGACUGGAAUUACUAAUUGCACAGAUUAUAUGGCCAAAAACAAUAUUACAUAUGGCCUUGAAACUAGUUAUCAGUAUUGUGUUGGAUUUGAAGAAUUAUUUGGUAAUUAUUUGACAACUGUUGCUCAGCUCGUUACAGAUUCAAAGAAACAGUAUGCACUUCAACAAGCUGCCCUUAGCACUACAACUCUUCUUCCAACGGAUGAUUUACAAUUGAGACAUAACAAUGCUAUGAGAAUGGCUUUAUCCUUAACAAGCAAAUUUGUGAAAUUUAUUCAAGAAUUUGUGGAUGCAACCUCUAGUGCUUCCUACAUUAUUGCAAUCAUUAGUACAAUUAUCAGCUACUUGCUAUGUACAGUCUUCUUCUUUUUCCUUCAGAGUACUUAUCAAUCUUAUGAUGGUCAAUUACACACUUUGAGAAUAAUGGCUCACUACAUUCCAGUUGAUGUUCUUGAUAGAAAUGAACAAUUGAAGAACUUUAUUCUAUACAAUACUACCAAGACAGAAAAGAAGAAGAAAUCUCUGCUCUCUAAGGAAGGCUUUGUUGGAGGUUCCUCUCUUGAAGAUUUGAAGAAUAUUUUCAAUUCCAACAUUGAGGGAACCACAAUUUGUAAUAGCAAGUUUGAAAUUGAAUUUUUCAAUGCAGCUGCCCUCAAAAUGUUUGGUAUGCAAUCAAUUGAUGUGUUGGGAGUUUCUAUGGGAAAUUUGAUUGAGCCAACACAAAAAGAUGAGCUCAUUAAUUGUAUGGAUCAUUUAAUGAAGAAAAAGACAGGUGAAAAUAACCUAAAGAAGGAUGAAAUUCAAACUAAUGAUCAAUGCGAAGUUUUAGAAUUAGACUGCAUCAGAAGAAAUCAAACAAAAUUCCCAUGCAAAAUAACUUUAAUUGCUGUUAAGGUUAGUGAUGGAAUAGGUCAAAAGCCAAUCCUAAUCGUCAGUCUUAAAGAUUUAACAUCUGAAAAGAAACAAAAUGCACUAUUGAGUGAAGAGAAACAAAAAUCAGACAAUUUACUGAAAAACAUAUUACCAAUGAGUGUUGCUUCGAGAUUAAAGAGUGGACACACUUUCAUUGCUGAAAAGUUGGAUGAUAUCACUUGUUUCUUCUCAGAUAUGGUUGGAUUUACUGCAAUCAGUAGUGGACUUCAAGCAACUGACCUUGUGAUGAUGUUAAACUCUAUUGUUAAUGGAUUUGAUUUACUAACAGAGAAGUAUGAUUUGGAGAAGAUCAAAACUAUUGGAGAUGCAUACUUUUGUGUAGGAGGACUUCCAGGUGCAGCAACAAGUGAUCAUCCAGAACGAGUUCUCAAAUUUGCUAUUGAAACAUUUGGUGUCAUUAACGAUUUCAAUGCCAAUAAUGCUGAAAGGAAAUCGGUGACUGAUAAUCAAGAAGAAUAUCAACCAACUGAAGAACAGUCAUCGCCUAUCAAGGCAAAGAUCAAUAUUCGAGUUGGAAUUAACACAGGAGCAGUUGUGGCAGGUGUUAUUGGAAUGAAAAAGUUUGCCUACGACUUGUGGGGUGAUACAAUCAAUACUGCAUCUCGUAUGGAAUCAACAUCAAAGAAUGGAAGAAUUCAAAUUUCACGAUCAACCUAUGAAAGAGUUUUCGAUUUGGGUUAUGAAUUUGAGGAAAGAGAAGUAGAUGUGAAAGGAAAAGGAAUUGUCAAGACUUAUCUAUUGAAUGAUAAGCAUCAUAGAUAUCUCAAAAACAAUCCACUAAUGUAUUCAGCACAGAAGAGUGCUUCUUUGUUAUUCACUUCCCAACAAUAA